AUGGAAGACCUGAAAGCCAAACAGCAGCAGCAGGCAACGGAGGGAAGCAAUGGCAAUGCAAGAAUACAUCCCAAUUCCAAUCCCUUCAAGCGGCCAAUGAAUGCACUGCAAAAGCAAUGGUAUCGUGUCCUCCUUGCCAGGCGUGUGGGCUUCGGGCAGAGACCGCCACUGGAUGAGAAGGAGACCACGUACGCCGACAUAUGCCAUAGUCGCUAUAUGGCCGCAUUCCGGCGCUACAACGAGCGUUUCCGCUUGGAAAUGGCAAUGCACGAGCAAAUGCAACGCUGCGCAAUCGACGCGAUGCGCGUUCACAGAACUUUUGCGAUAACGACACUCUGGCUGCCAUUGCACUCGAAGCGGGAAAUCAACUCAACAUUGGAAAAACUGGAAAGGGUUUUGACAGUUAAGGAAAGGCGACGCCUCGAGGAAAUACUCAAGCGCGGUGAAUCGCAGCGCACGCGACUCCUUUAGUGGAUCUGAUGACUGCAGCAAGAGAGAGAGAGGAGCAAUGCAAAAACACUUUCAAGUGCAGCACUUACUCGACUUCGUCUAGUGUACCCCAAACAAUUUCCACUC